AUGGCAAUUGCAACAGAAGUAUUCAACCACAACAAAAAUUAUAUGCCAAAAGAAGAUGAAAAUUUCAAUAUAUCUUGAGGGAUUGGUCAUAUAAGUUCCCGAAACUUUAAAACUAGCUCAUUUAGGAGUGGUUUGCUUUCUUUUCUUUUAAAUCUACAUAAUCUCAAACAUGAAGUACAAAAAAUUUCUUUUUUGAUACCAAUGAUUAAGCUAGCUUUCUUUAAAGUAAUUUUUGCUUUACAACUAUCAAGUAUAGGGUGAAAUCAAUGGUCUUUUAACCGUUGAAACUCAAUUGAUUCUUUUUGAAAUAUCUUAGGCUAUGCUAGAAUCGAUAAUAUUUUUUCUGAACUAGGACUCCUCGAAUACUUUUUGUGCUUUACAGUAUUUAUAGUUUGAAUCUAUUUUAUUUUAUUAAUCGCAAUAUAUUUAUUAACAAUUAGAAACAAAAGGAUUUCUUUGAUACUAUUAAAACUAGAAAAUUGAUGAAGAUUAUUAAUAUUUGGAAUCGGUCUAAUACCAAUGCUAUAUUCAUUAAUGAUAGCUAUAAAAUAUUUGAUAUUUUAUAAAAAAAAUUAAAUGGCAUUCGGCUCGAGAGAAAUUAGCUUUGCUAAUUUUCUCUCCCUCAUGGAAUUUUAUUUAUGGGGUUGGGUUUUCUCUCGAGAACUUCUGCACAGCAACAACCGUUUAACUCUGGGGAUAGCCAGAGGAACGCUCCUCAGCGCAUUCAAGAGGCUCAGAGUUUUACCCCUCAGCACAUCUCCACGGGAAGAUGACCCUUAGGCGGAACACGCGCAGGAGCUGAGUCAGGGCAAGGCAUCGGCAACGUGCCGGAUGAGACGUGCGGCGAAGACUGGCGGCGAAGCUUUGAUAGAAGGCUUGGGCCUGGGCUGACCAGGUUAAUCCAAGAUGGCUCGGUGACGUCGCUAGUUUAGCUAAAGCCCUUUUUGGGGCUGCGGCACUAGAUACCUUAAACACCGAAUUAUUAAGUAAGCAGGUGAGAUAUUUUAUCAAAACAUAAGUAUGGCUGAAUACCAAAAUAAAGUUUUAAAUAGCUCUUUACUAGAUAUGGUCCCUGUUUUCAUUAUCACUACAAUCUUGCUUUUAAUUUUCUAUUAUAUGCAUGAAAUAUUUAUCUACGAAUUUCGUCAUAGCCAUUCUUCUUAUACUAUAUAUGCAAAAUCACACUCAAAUCCAGAUAAAAUUAAAUUUUUUGGAAUUACUAUCAUAUUGAUUUAUAGUAUGCUAUGCGAUUCAUCACAUCUUACAUAUAAGAAGAUUAUUAUUUCUACUUUUGCGUUUAUAAUUUGUCUUUUGAAUCUUUAUUAUAUUCCUUAUUUCACUCCUGAAUCAAACUUUUUUGAAGCUUGCAGCAUGCUAAUUGCAGUCAUAAAUUCAAUAGCAUUUUUUAUUGGUGAAAUUCAAGGGAAUUCUUCCACAGGAUUUGUGCUUUUUUUAUUCCUAAACCCAAUUUUAUCAUGAUUUUUGCAUAUGAUUUUUAAAUAUAGAUAUAGCAAAUUAGUGAAACUAAAUUCAAUCAAAAAAUAUAUAGAUGUCUAUGAAUUUGAAAGAGCUAUGAGACAAAGUCUUUUGUAUAAGGAAAAUCAACCACAGGAAAUCCUUGAAAUAUUUGAUUCAGCCUAUUUCAAUAAUAAAUUAAAUAUAUCAAGACUUGUAACAAUAUGAGAAGCUGACUUUUGUCUAAAUUCUUUAAAAAAUCCAAGAUUAGCAUCAAUUAAAAUAGGAUCAGGGUAUCCUUGAAAAAAGCCAAAUUUUGAAGAAGAGUUUUUAGAAUUUUGCUUAAGGAAGCAACUGCAUCAAGAGUUAUGCCAAAACUGUGAAGAUACACAAUUUCUUAUGUGCCUCGAAAAGCUAGAAAAUUGGAAGAAAACAGACAAAAAAUUUUGUUUGGAUUUAAUUGAUGUGAUUAAUCUUAUUUAUAUUGAUCAUUUGCCUGUACAAAAAAUUUUUCCAUCAAUAGUCAAAAUGAAUAAAAAAUUUAACUAUUUGAAAAAAGAUUAUAAAGAAAUAAUUUCUAGCUUUCCAAGAAGUUCAGAAGCUCAUAUAAUAUUUAAACUGGAUAUUUUAUUUUUGUGUAUAAUUAUUAUCACAUCUUGCUAA